AUGAGCGAGGAAUAUCAGUAUCAGGACACAGAAUACCAUUCCGAGAGUAUAUCCAUAUCUGAAUUGAAGAAUGGAGGAAUACUGGCUGUGGAUAUAGCAAAGCUGAUAGAAGCUGGAUUCACGACAGUUGAGUCAUUGGCAUUCGCUCCAAAGAGGCAGCUUCUUUCUAUAAAAGGAUUUUCUGACAUCAAGGUGGACAAGCUUAUCAAAGAGGCAGCUAAGUUGGUUCCGAUGGGAUUUACAACGGCAUCUGCAUAUCACCAGAGAAGAUCAGAGCUUGUUUAUUUAACCACUGGAUCUUCUGAGGUGGAUAAACUACUGAACGGCGGGUUUGAAUCAGGGAGCAUAACAGAGAUAUUUGGUGAGUUCCGAACAGGAAAGACACAGCUGUGCCAUACAGUUGCAGUGACAUGCCAGCUCCCUCCUGAGCAAGGGGGAGGGGGAGGAAAGGCCAUGUACAUAGAUACCGAGGGGACUUUCCGGUCAGAAAGAUUGGUCCCAAUAGCAGAGAGGUUUGGGCUAGAUCCAAAUGAGGUUAUGGACAACAUAUCAUAUGCCCGUGCAUAUAAUUCGGAUCACCAAUCUCAACUUCUAAUCAAAGCAUCUGCAAUGAUGUCCGAGUCAAAGUAUUCGGUUCUUAUAAUUGAUUCUGCAACUGCCUUAUACAGAACGGAUUUCAGCGGAAGAGGAGAGCUUGGGGCCAGGCAACUACAUCUGGCAAAAUAUCUCCGUAGCCUGGUCAACCUUGCAGAAACAUUCCGUGUUGCCGUCAUCAUAACCAAUCAAGUGGUUUCCAAUGUGGAUGGAGCCGUCGGGAUGUUUGCUGGAGAUAUCAAGAAGCCAAUAGGAGGAAACAUCAUGGCACAUGCAAGUACAACAAGACUUUACCUGCGAAAAGGAAGAGGGGAGACGAGGAUAUGCAAAAUAUAUGACUCUCCUUGUCUUCCUGAAUCAGAAGCUGUCUUUGCAAUCACUGAGCAGGGUAUCAACGAUCCCGACGAAUGA